ACAGCCGCCCGCGUCUCCGCCUUCUCACUCAUCCCUCUCCGCCGUCCUCGUCCUCGUCCUCGUCCUCGUCGCCGCCCCGGUCGCCCCCAUGCCCCCAAUCCGCGACAAGUUCACCAUCCACUCAAAGGCCGUCGUCUGCCAGGACGUCGAGCUCAAGGGCGACAUCACCGUCGGUGCCGGCACCAUCGUCCAUCCAAAGGCAACCAUCUUUGCCAUCGCCGGCCCCAUCGUCAUCGGCGCCGGCUGCAUCGUCGAGGAGGGUGUCAUCCUCGUCAACCGUCGGAAAGAAGUCAUGCGGAUAGGCGAUGACAAUCUCUUCGAGAUUGGCUGCCGUGUCGAAUGUCCCAGCAUCGGCAACUUCAAUACCAUCUCUGCCCGCGCGAGAGUGCACCACACCGUCCGCAUCUCCUCCUACUGCGUCGUCGGUGCCGCGUGCCUCGUCGUCCCGACCGAAGACGAGAUCCUCGACGAGUAUACCGUCAUAUACGGGCCUACCGCAGAGCGACGGAUAUGGAGCGGGCGCGGCAAGGUGCAGGAGGCCGAUCUCAGGAGAAAGCACGCUGACUAUCUCAAAGAGAUGCUGCCCAAGUUCAAUCGUCUCAGACGAGGCGACGGGACUUGAGCUCUCCAUACCGACGUACGUUCUGGUUCACCCCAUUUGUACGGUAUUCUUGGUCAUGGAUUAUUCUGUUCUGUUGUUAUACAAUGGUCCAAUUUGGAGGAGAACUCGAGGCGUAUCUAGAGCACUGUACCAUCCUAUUCCGUUGUCAUCCAGUGGUUAUGUCGCAUCAUCCAGUCUGCGCCAGAUGAGCACGACGACGUAGUCUGCCGCAACAUACUCGCGCGUUCUCGGCGCAGUAGACAACAGAGCCGCACACAGCGCAAACAUCAGUAUAACGAAAUAGCUAAUUACAUGUGCCCC